UAUUGAAAUGUCAAAUCAAAUGUGAACGAACUGUAUGGUUAUAGUGUGAACCUUUCCUUUAGUACAAACUUGUAAUGAAAUUCCUACAAUGUGUUUAUGAUUCUUACUAAUAAAUAUUUCACAUUACCCAACACAGUUUACAAAGUUAGUGAACGGGUCAAUUAUGGCGAGCUCAAUUAUCCUUGCUGGUCUUGGGAUGGCUGCAGUCGGUUUUGCUGGUCGAUACGUCUUGAAGCAAGUGCCUAAUGCCUCUGUGAAAUUUGCAGAGGCUGUUAAAAACUUUCCGAAAUUUGAUGCAGAAUCUUUAGCAACAUCAAAAUAUUAUAAAGGUGGAUUUGAACAAAAGAUGACUAAACGAGAAGCAGCUUUAAUUUUAGGUGUAAGUCCUACAGCUAAUAAAACCAAGAUAAGAGAUGCUCAUCGAAAAAUUAUGUUACUGAACCACCCAGACCGAGGAGGAUCACCACUCAUUGCUGCCAAAAUUAAUGAAGCCAAAGAUGUUCUGGAGAGUGGCAAAUCAUAACUUUGAAUAUUAUUAUCUUUGACUGAUAGACUUUGCAGAAAGUAAUGAUGUAUUAGUUAGACAUGUCUUGGGGUUGUUUCAUUUCAGCAGAAACAGUAGCAUGAAAGUGUUAUUUGCCAUCAACAUAUAGUAACCAUCUUAUAAAUGUUUUCAGUAUCUAGAUAAGUAUAUGUAUCUGGUAAGAAUAAACAUGUGGUACAAAUACUUUCUCUUCUAAUAAAUGCUACAGUGGCUACUGUAGACAACAAUCAUGUGCUUUGUUGAGUACCUAAUGUAGUUUAGUUUAUACUUUAUCAUUUAGUGUUGUUAUUAUUUGAUGACCAUGCCAUUGCUAAUGCUGUUUGCCUUUUUAUCAGAUGUGUUAUUAGUAACCUUAUGAAAUGGCCUCUGUAAAAUAAAUUCAAAUUCAACAUUUAA